AUGGGAGAAGAAGACAAUGUUGAUCAGAGAAAAGAUACAAUGCAGAGAUUUCACUAUUGUUAUCCUUCGAUGACUGCUGCUGGGGUUGGCUUUUUCGACUUUUCUAAAACAGAUCCGCAAAAGUUUAAAGGAAAUGGAUAUAUACACAAUCAAUUCGAACAAACUGCUUCGAUGAUAGCAGGUCCUAACAAAGAGGUUGUCUUGGCAGUUAGGGAUCUCAUCAUAUUUUAUCCCAUCCCAUUAUUCUAUCGUAGUUCCAUCCUAUCUUAA